AUGGUCCUUUGGCAUAAGAAUACACAUGUAUUUGAAAGAGAUUUCCGUACUGUUUCCCUCGCAUUCUUCAAUAGAUAUCCAAAUCCAUAUGCAUCACACGUCCUAUCAAUAGACACCAUCUCCAGAACGGUGGACGACCUUGGAAGGCUCCAUUCUAUUCGUCUCAUCAAAAAAAGCGGUAAACUCCCGUCCUGGGUUAAGCCCUUCCUAGGUCGUAUAUCAGACUCCUGGAUAAUAGAACAGAGCCUUGUCGAUCCAGCCAAGUCGCUCCUUCGCACCUACACAAAAAACCUGGACCACACGCGAAUUAUACAAGUCGAAGAGCACACCCAGUACCGCUACGAUGAUUCUACAGGCACUACGCAAGUCGACAGUAAGGUGAAAUUUUGCAGUGCGUUCGGUAUGGGCAUUAAGAACCGCAUAGAGGAGUGGUCCCACCGUCGUUUCGAUGAAAACAUAAAAAGGAGCCGCCUUGGGAUGUCAUUUGUCAUGGACAAGCUCGACCACCGCGCUCAGCUCCUUUGGAGCACGUGA